GUUCCAUACACAAUUAUGAGGGUUGGAGGGCUACAAGAAAGAGAUGGCGGUAUCAGAGAACUACUAGUCGGGAAGGAUGAUGAGCUUCUUCAGACUGAAACGAAAACAAUUGCCAGGCCUGAUAUUGCUGAAGUUUGCAUUCAGGUAUCGCCUUUGUCAUAUUCGCAUUCCGAAUUGAAAAAAAUUUCACCAUCACCGUUGGCAUUGGAUUGUUGUUCUCAUGCAUCUUAUGCAUUUUCUUUUCAAACAGGCACUGAAAUUCGAGAGGCAAAGUUUAAGGCGUUUGAUUUAGCCUCAAAACCUGAGGGAGUCGGCACCCCAAACAAGGACUUCAAGGCUCUUUUUUCCCAGAUCACGACUCGUUUCUAAUUCUCGAGGGCCACGAGGUUUUUUCUACAAGAUAUGUUAUGCUUCUUAAGAACAUUUUUAAUUUGAAUAAUCGUCAGUAUCUGGAACUUUUAAAACCA